AUGGCAGACCCGGAGGCAGCCUGGGAGGCGCGAGGCUUUCGGGAAGACCCGACCCUUAGCCUAAGCCCAGGGGCCGGCCUGGAGGCGGUGGGGUCUAUGCAGCUCCAGGAGGAGGAAGAGGACGAAGAGGAGGCAGCGGCCGGGAGAGCGCGGAGUUUUGGCCAAGACGCACGGGUGCGCUUCCUCGGCGGCCACCUGGCGCGGAUGCUGGGGGUCCCGGAGGGCAAGUGGAGCCUGUAUUUGGAAAGCGAAGACAACCGGCAGGUUCUGGGGGAGUUUCUGGAAAGCACCGGCCCCGCCUGUCUUGUGUAUAGUGUCGCCGCCGCGGGGCAGCUCACGGCCACCUGGGAGAUUCCAAGAGAGACAAAACAUAAACUUGUGUAUAUUGCCAAGAAGAUUACUGAAAGCAUUGAAGUAAAUUUCUCUCAAAUGGUUUUGUUUGGAGAGUUACCUGCAUCAUCUCUUGGACAUGUAUCUGUUUUUCUAGAUGAGAUUUUAGUUCCAGUGCUUUCUAAUAAGAACAACCAUAUAUCCUGGUCCUGUUUUACUUCACAAGAUAUGGAUUGUCACAUAGAAGCCAUGAAAAAUAAGGUGCAUAUUCUUAGGGGCAAAAUGUCUGGAAGAACUCUUCUACCAAUUCCCACUAUUGCAGGAAAGAUUGACCUGGAUCAGAGUUAUUCAGAGACCAGGCUACAGUCAAAUGAAAGGAUGAUACUCCAUGCAAUUGAAUCUGUGGUUAUUAAAUGGUCACAUCAAAUCCAAGAAAUUGUAGAAAAAGAUUCGGUGCAGCCUUUGCUGAAUGAUUCUCACUGGACUCCGCAAACUGAGCUAGAUUUCUGGACAAUGAGGAAAGAGAAUCUGUCAUGCACUUAUGAUCAACUUCAUGCUCCUAUUAUCCUCAAAAUGGUUAACAUCUUGAAAGCUAAACAGAGCAGCUAUUUCCCCACUUUGAAGGACAUUUUCCUGUCUGUGGAACAUGCUCUCCUCGAAGCCCAAGAUGUGGAGCUGCACCUGAGACCUCUGAGGAGAUACAUUCAGGGUCUCCAGGAGAUGGAAUUGCCACAAACUCGUAUAUUAAUCGCCCCAUUGUUUCAUACCAUCUGUCUGAUCUGGAGUCAUUCCAAGUUUUAUAACACCCCUGUUCGGGUUAUAGCUUUAUUGAGAGAGUUUUGUAAUCUCUUCAUUGACCAGGCAGUAGCUUACCUUUCACCUGAGGACCUUUUGAAGGGAGAAAUUGAAGACUCCUUGGAAAAGGUAGAGGUGGCCAUUAACAUCUUCAAGACUUUCAAAAAUUCCUUUUUCAAGUACAGAAAAAGAUUGGCAAGCUAUUUCAUGGGAAAUGAGGAGCCAAGACUGUGGGAUUUCCAGUCUCAUCUGGUGUUUUGCAGAUUUGACAAGUUUCUGGAUCGUUUAAUGAAAAUAGAGGAUAUAUUUGUGACCACCUUGGAGUUUGAGAAGCUGGAAAGACUGGAAUUUGGUGGGACCAAGGGAGCAAUUUUAAAGAAACAAAUCUGCGAGAUGAGUGAAGAAUUUAUGAAACUUUGUAAAGUUUUUAAACAAAGCACGUACAACCCAUCUGAUUGCCAGAACAUGGAAUUUGAAAGUGAUUAUGUUAUGUUUAAGUCCAAAAUUCUGGAUUUUGACAGAAGGCUUGGGACAAUCCUUUGUGAGGGUUUCUUUAACUGCAAUGGUUUAGAAGCUGCAUUUAAGCUUUUGACCAUAUUUGGAAAUUUUCUAGAGAAACCAGUUGUCAUGGAAAUUUUCAGCCCACAUUACAGCGCACUAGUGCAUAUGUUAAAUACAGAGUUGGAUACAUGUAAGCAACUGUAUAAUGCACACAUGGACCAGAUUGAACAUAGAUGUGUAGUUCUUAACAAGAAUAUGCCGUUUACCUCAGGAAAUAUCAAAUGGGCCCAAGAGCUCCAUGAACGGCUUCACACGUUUUGGUCAAACUUUGCAUCUCUUCAUUGCCUGUUCUUGGGCCACCCUGAUGAUGCCACAGUUUAUCAGAAGUAUGUUGAAAUGACCACAUUGCUAGACCAAUUUGAAAAUCAUAUUUAUAAUGAAUGGAAAAGUAAUGUGGAUGAAAUCUGUGAAUUUAAUUUGAAUCAACCUUUGCUUAAAUUCAGUGCUGUAAAUGGUCUUCUCAGUGUCAAUUUUGACCCAAAGCUAGUGGCUGUAUUGAGAGAAGUGAAAUACCUUUUGAUGCUGAAGAAAACACACAUACCAGAUUCCGCUUUAGCCAUCUUCCAAAAAAGAAACACGAUUUUAAAGUACAUCGGAAAUCUUGACCUUCUUGUGCAAGGGUACAAUAAGCUGAAACAGACUCUCGUGGGAGUUGAAUACCCCCUGAUUGAAGAAGAGCUGAGGGCUGUGGAUGAGCAGCUAACAGCAGCCACAACGUGGCUGACCUGGCAAGAUGACUGCUGGGGCUACAUCGAGGGUGUGAGAGCAGCCACCUCUGAGCUGGAUCGCAGGGUCGAGCUGGCGCAGAACAACGUGAAGGUCAUCCAGCAGACCAUGAAGGCCUGGGCUGGGUGUACGCUCCCUCCCAGGAGAGAGCACAGAAGAGAGACGGCCUUGACUUUGGAGGACAAGGGUGAUUUGUUUAUUAAAAAAUACAAGUUAAUCCAAGAAGAUGGCUACAAGAUCCAUGACUUGGUUGAGGAAAAUAGGAAGCUCUUCAAAGCGGACCCCUCUCUGGAUACCUGGAAAAUUUAUGUAGAAUUCAUUGAUGACAUCGUGGUAGAAGGCUUUUUUCAAGCUAUCAUGCAUGACUUAGAUUUCUUUCUGACGAAUACGGAGAAACAAUUGAAGCCUGCACCAUUUUUUCAAGCACAAAUGAUCUUAAUGCCCCCUGAGAUUGUGUUUAAACCUUCUUUAGACAGAGAAGCUGGAGAUGGGCUCUAUGACCUGGUUGAAGAAAUGCUAUGCAAUAGUUUUAGAAUGUCUGCUCAGAUGAAGCGCAUAGCAACACAUCUGGAAAUAGCAAAUUAUCAGAAUGAUAUGGAUAACAUGUUAGGCCUGGCAGAAGUCCGGCAGGAGAUAAUGAAGAGAGUGGCAGAUGUCAUCGACAAAGUCUUGGAUUUCAAAAUUACCCUGGAGGCCUACGCUUACCUCUGGGUGGAUGACCGAGCUGAGGUUAUGAAGCAUUUUCUUCUGUAUGGUCAUACUGUAUCGUCUGAGGACAUGGAUGCUCACGCAAACGAAGAAAUCCCUGAGCAGCCACCAACUCUUAAACAAUUCAAAGAACAGAUUGACAUUUAUGAGGCUUUGUAUGUUCAGAUGAGCAAGUUUGAUGACUUCCGAGUGUUCGAUAGUUGGUUCAAGGUGGACAUGAAGCCUUUCAAAGUGAGCUUGUUAAACAUUAUUAAGAAAUGGAGCUGGAUGUUUCAGGAGCAUCUUUUGAGAUUUGUCCUUGACAGUCUGAAUGAGCUACAAGGAUUUAUAAAGGAGACAGAUGCAGGACUUCAGAGAGAAUUAAGUGAAGGUGAUCACGAUGGUUUAGUUGACAUCAUGGGGCAUCUUCUGGCUGUAAGAAGCCGACAGAGAGCUACAGAUGAACUCUUUGAGCCCCUGAAAGAAACCAUCAUGCUCUUGGAAAGCUAUGGUCAGAAGAUGCCUGAGCAAGUCUAUAUGCAGCUGGAGGAAUUACCUGAAAGAUGGGAAACUACCAAAAAGAUUGCAGCAACUGUCAGACAUGAAGUUUCACCUCUCCAAAAUGCAGAAGUCACUCUUAUAAGGAAAAAAUGCGUUUUGUUUGAUAGAAAGCAGGCAGAGUUCAGAGAGAGAUUCAGAUGCUAUGCUCCUCUUGGAUUUAAUGCAGAAAAUCCAUACACAGUGCUUGAUAAGGCAAAUCAAGAGCUCGAGGCGUUAGAAGAAGAAAUGUUGCAAAUGCAAGAAUCUACUCAUCUUUUUGAAGUGGCUCUCCCAGAAUACAAGCAAAUGAAGCAGUGUCACAAAGAAAUAAAACUGCUCAAGGGACUCUGGGAUGUCAUUAUUUACGUCAGAAGAAGCAUUGAUAAUUGGACUAAAACCCAGUGGAGACAGAUUAAUGUGGAACAGAUGGAUGCAGAACUCAGAAGGUUUGCCAAGGAAAUCUGGUCACUAGACAAGGAAGUCCGUGUCUGGGAAGCAUAUGCAGGCCUGGCAGGCAUGGUGAAGGACAUGACCACCUCCCUGAGAGCCGUCACAGAGUUGCAGAACCCUGCCCUCAGGGACAGGCAUUGGCGCCAGCUGAUGAAGACUGUUGGGGUCAAGUUUUCAAUAAGUGAAGCCACAACUUUGGCAGAUUUAUUAGCACUGCAGUUGCACAGAGUGGAAGAUGAUGUCCAAAGGAUUGUGGACAAAGCUGUGAAAGAACUGGGGACUGAGAAGGUAAUUACUGAAAUCAGUCAGACCUGGGCGACCAUGGAGUUCUCUUAUGAAGUUCACUAUCGAACAGGCAUUCCGUUACUGAAGUCUGAUGAACAACUUUUUGAAACUCUAGAGCACAACCAAGUUCAGUUGCAGACUCUUCUUCAAAGCAAAUAUGUGGAAUAUUUCAUUGAACAAGUCUUAAGCUGGCAAAAUAAGUUAAACGUAGCAGAUUCAGUCAUCUUUACUUGGCUGGAAGUCCAGCGAACUUGGUCUCAUCUGGAAAGUAUUUUUGUUUGUUCAGAAGAUAUUCGAAUCCAGCUUGUGAAAGAUGCCAGAAGAUUUGAUGGUGUGGAUGCAGAAUUUAAGGAGUUAAUGUUGAAGACUGCCAAAGUAAAAAAUGUUUUAGAAGCAACGUGCAGACCUAAUCUUUAUGAAAAGCUUAAAGAUUUACAGUACAGGCUUUCCCUUUGUGAAAAAGCUCUUGCUGAGUACCUGGAAACCAAGCGUGUCACUUUUCCUCGCUUCUAUUUCAUCUCUUCGGCUGAUUUACUUGACAUUCUUUCAAAGGGAGCUCAGCCUAAACAGGUAACACGUCACCUUGCCAAACUUUUUGACAGCAUCACAGAUCUGCAGUUUGGAGAAAAUCAGGAUGUUCCUGCACACAGAGCAGUUGGAAUGUACAGCAAAGAAAAGGAGUAUGUUCCAUUCCAAGCAGAGUGUGAAUGCAUAGGCCAAGUGGAAACGUGGCUUCUGCAACUUGAACAGACCAUGCAAGAGACAGUGCGUCAUUCUAUCACAGAAGCCAUAGUGGCCUAUGAAGAAAAACCCAGGGAACUAUGGAUUUUUGAUUUCCCAGCUCAAAUUGCACUAACCAGCUCGCAAAUAUGGUGGACUACGGAUGUAGGAAUAGCUUUCAGUAGACUGGAGGAAGGCUAUGAAACGGCCCUAAAGGAUUUCCAUAAAAAACAGCUUUCUCAGCUGAAUACACUGAUUACACUUUUGCUGGGAGAACUUCCACCUGGGGACAGGCAGAAGAUUAUGACAAUUUGUACCAUAGAUGUCCAUGCCAGAGAUGUGGUGGCAAAACUUAUUUCUCAGAAGGUUGUCAGUCCCCAAUCUUUUGCGUGGCUGUCACAACUUCGUCACCGGUGGGAAGACACUCAGAAGCACUGCUUUGUUAAUAUUUGUGAUGCCCAGUUCCAGUAUUUCUACGAAUAUUUAGGAAACAGUCCUCGACUAGUGAUCACUCCUCUGACUGACAGGUGUUAUAUUACUUUAACUCAAUCACUGCAUCUAACCAUGAGUGGGGCUCCUGCUGGUCCGGCGGGUACAGGGAAAACAGAAACCACCAAGGACCUUGGACGUGCCCUUGGCAUGAUGGUUUAUGUAUUCAACUGUUCAGAGCAAAUGGACUACAAAUCCAUAGGAAAUAUCUACAAGGGACUGGUGCAAACAGGAGCUUGGGGCUGCUUUGAUGAGUUCAACCGAAUCCCUGUGGAAGUUUUGUCGGUGGUGGCCGUGCAGGUAAAAAUGAUUCACGAUGCCAUCAGAAACGGGAGAAAGAGAUUUGUAUUUCUUGGGGAAGCUAUCACACUGAAGCCAUCAGUUGGAAUAUUUAUUACUAUGAACCCAGGAUAUGCUGGUCGCACUGAAUUACCGGAAAAUCUGAAAGCUCUUUUCAGACCCUGUGCCAUGGUGGCCCCUGACACUGAGCUCAUCUGCGAGAUUAUGUUGGUUGCUGAGGGGUUUUUGGACGCCCGCUCAUUAGCCCGGAAGUUCAUUACACUGUACACACUCUGCAAGGAGCUCCUCUCCAAGCAGGAUCAUUAUGAUUGGGGACUUCGUGCUAUUAAGUCUAUCUUGGUUGUGGCUGGCUCCCUGAAACGUGGAGACAGGAAGAGACCUGAAGAUCAGGUACUCAUGAGAGCAUUAAGGGAUUUCAAUAUGCCGAAAAUAGUGACUGACGACAUCCCAGUGUUUCUGGGCCUGGUUGGUGACCUGUUUCCAGCCCUGGAUGUGCCCCGGAGUCGGAAGCUGCACUUUGAACAGAUGGUUAGGCAGUCUACCCUGGAGCUCCGCCUGCAGCCUGAAGAAAGCUUUAUUCUCAAAGUGGUUCAGCUUGAGGAACUGCUGGCUGUGCGACACUCCGUCUUUGUGGUUGGAAAUGCAGGCACCGGUAAGAGUAAGAUUUUGAGAACACUGAACCGAACAUAUGUUAUCAUGAAACAGAAACCUGUUUGGAAUGAUUUAAACCCUAAAGCUGUGACAACAGAUGAACUCUUUGGUUUCAUACAUCACGCUACCCGAGAAUGGAAAGAUGGCAAAAUUGUUUACUGUUAUUUUAUAGGUCUCUUCUCAUCCAUUCUGCGAGAACAAGCAAAUCUUCUGCAUGAGGGACCAAAAUGGAUAGUCCUGGAUGGAGACGUUGACCCCAUGUGGAUUGAAUCACUAAAUACCCUCAUGGAUGAUAACAAGGUGCUGACCCUGGCCAGCAACGAGCGCGUAGCCCUCACACCCCACAUGAGGCUCCUGUUUGAGACACAUCACUUAAGGACAGCAACACCAGCGACAGUUUCCAGAGCUGGUGUUCUAUAUGUCAACCCACAAGAUUUGGGCUGGAAUCCGUAUGUGGCCAGUUGGAUAGACAGAAGGCGGCAUCAAUCAGAAAAGGCCAAUUUAACUAUUCUUUUUGAUAAUUAUGUUCCCGCAUGCUUGGAUAAGCUGAGAACAAGCUUUAAAACCAUCACUUCCAUUCCAGAGAGUAGCCUGGUGCAGACUAUUUGUACUCUUUUAGAGUGUUUGUUGACUCCUGAAAAUGUACCUUCUGACAGCCCAAAAGAAGUUUAUGAAGUCUAUUUUGCCUUUGCUUGUAUCUGGGCAUUCGGAGGCACCCUGCUACAAGAUCAGCUUUCUGAUUAUCAAGCUGACUUCAGCCGGUGGUGGCAUAAAGAGAUGAAAGCAGUGAAGUUUCCAUCCCAGGGAACAAUCUUUGAUUAUUAUCUGGACCACAAAACUAAGAAGUUCUUGCCCUGGGCUGACAAAAUCCCCCAGUUUACUAUGGAUCCAGACGCACCUCUGCAGACGGUUCUGGUUCAUACAUCAGAGACAACUCGUCUGAGGUAUUUCGUGGAGCUGUUGCUUAAGAAAGGAAGACCAGUAAUGCUGGUAGGAAACGCAGGAGUGGGGAAAACAGUCUUCGUAGGUGACACCCUGGCAGGUCUUUCCGAGGAAUACGUGGUAUCCCGCGUGCCUUUCAACUACUACACAACGUCUGCGUCCCUGCAGAAAAUUCUUGAGAAACCUCUAGAGAAAAAAGCUGGUCGUAUCUAUGGUCCGGGAGGAAACAAAAAAUUGGUUUAUUUUAUCGAUGACAUGAACAUGCCUGCAGUGGACUUAUACGGCACUGUUCAGCCUCACACUCUGAUCCGACAGCAUAUUGAUUAUGGACAUUGGUAUGAUAGACAGAAGGUGAUGCUUAAAGAAAUCCACAACUGCCAGUAUGUCGCCUGCAUGAACCCAGUGGUGGGCAGUUUCACAGUCAGUCCCAGGCUGCAGAGACAUUUCACAGUGUUUGCAUUCAACUUUCCAUCUUGGGAUGCACUAAGCACCAUCUAUGGCCAAAUCUUUAGUUUCCAUUUCCAGCAGCAAGCAUUUGGUCCAUCAGUUCUCAAGAGUGGCCCCACUUUGAUCCAGGCAACAAUAGCAUUCCAUGAGAAGAUGGCACAUAGCUUUUUACCCACAGCUAUUAAAUUUCACUACAUCUUUAAUCUGAGAGAUCUAUCCAACGUCUUCCAGGGAAUUUUAUUUGCUUCUCCUGAAUGUUUAAAAAGUCCAAAUGAUUUAAUACGCCUGUGGCUUCAUGAAUCUUCCCGUGUAUAUGGAGACAAACUGAUAGACAAAGAAGAUUGUGAUUUGUUUCAGAAAAAAAUGCUGGAAACUGCUUAUAAAUAUUUUGAAGGCAUAGACGGUGACACCCUGAUACAGCAGCCCCUCAUUUACUGUCACUUUGCUAGUGGCAGAGAGGACCCAUGUUACAGGCCAGUAACAGACUGGGAAGCACUAAAGAUGAUCCUUACAGAAAGCUUAGACGGCUACAAUGAGCUAAAUGCUACCAUGCCCCUGGUUUUAUUUGAAGACGCCAUGAAACACGUGUGUCGUAUCAGUAGGAUCUUACACACCCCUCGGGGUUAUGCCCUCUUGAUUGGAGUUGGGGGCAGUGGCAAGCAGAGCUUGUCCAGGCUGGCAGCUUACAUCUGCAGCCUGGAGGUCUUUCAAGUCACUCUGACCGAAGGCUAUGGAAUCCAAGAACUUCGGGUAGAUCUCGCCAAUUUGUACAUCAGAACAGGCGCCAAGAACAUCCCCACUGUGUUCCUGCUGACAGAUGCCCAGGUUCUAGAUGAGAGCUUUCUCGUGCUGAUUAAUGACUUGCUGGCAUCAGGAGACAUCCCAGAUAUGUUCAGUGAUGAAGAUGUGGACAAGAUAAUUUCUGGAAUUCAUAAUGAAGUUCGUAGCCUGGGCAUGGCGGACUCCAGAGAGAAUUGUUGGAAAUUUUUUUUGGCCAGGGUACGGCUACAGCUCAAAAUCAUUCUGUGUUUCUCUCCAGUUGGUCACACGCUGAGAGUCAGAGCUCGGAAGUUCCCAGCCAUAGUUAACUGCACGGCUAUUGACUGGUUUCAUGCAUGGCCACAGGAGGCUCUGGUCUCAGUCAGCAGGAGGUUCAUUGAGGAAACCAAGGGAAUUGAGCCACUGCAGAAAGAUUCUAUUAGCCUUUUCAUGGCACACGUGCACACCACCGUAAACGAAAUGAGCGCCAGGUAUUACCAGAAUGAGAGAAGACACAAUUAUACCACUCCAAAGAGUUUUCUAGAACAAAUAUCACUAUUUAAGAACCUGUUGAAGAAGAAACAACAUGAAAUAUCUCAGAAGAAAGAGCACUUGGUGAAUGGCAUCGAGAAGCUGCAGGCCACAGCCGCUCAGGUGGGAGAUCUGAAAGCGAGACUUGCCUCUCAAGAAGCCGAGUUGCAGCUGAGAAAUCAGGAUACAGAAGCACUGAUCUCAAAGAUCGGGCUUCAGACGGAGAAAGUGAGCCGGGAAAAGGCCAUCGCCGAUGCGGAGGAGCGAAAGGUAACAGCCAUUCAGACUGAAGUGUCUCAGAAGCAGAGAGAAUGUGAGGCCAACUUAGUCAAGGCUGAGCCUGCGCUGGUGGCUGCUACAGCUGCACUCAAUACACUCAACAGGGUCAACCUCACUGAGCUGAAAGCUUUUCCCAACCCCCCAAACGCAGUCACCAAUGUCACUGCAGCCGUGAUGGUCCUUCUGGCUCCUCGGGGCAGAGUGCCCAAAGACCGAAGUUGGAAAGCAGCUAAAGUCUUCAUGGGAAAGGUUGAUGAUUUUUUGCAAGCGUUAAUUAACUAUGACAAAGAGCACAUUCCAGAGAACUGUCUGAAAGUGGUGAAUGAACAGUAUUUGAAAGACCCAGAGUUUAAUCCAAACCUGAUUCGGACCAAAUCCUUUGCAGCAGCUGGUCUCUGUGCCUGGGUCAUCAACAUCAUUAAAUUCUAUGAGGUCUACUGUGAUGUGGAGCCCAAACGCCAAGCAUUAGCCCAAGCAAACUUGGAAUUGGCUGCAGCUACUGAAAAACUAGAGGCCAUCAGGAAGAAGCUUGUGGAUCUGGAUCGAAAUCUGAGUAGACUCACAGCUUCAUUUGAAAAAGCAAUAGCUGAGAAAGUGCGGUGUCAAGAAGAGGUGAAUCAAACCAGCAAGACUAUUGAGCUGGCCAACAGGCUGGUCAAGGAACUUGAGGCAAAGAAGAUCCGCUGGGGUCAGUCUAUUAAGUCCUUUGAAGCUCAAGAGAAGACACUCUGUGGAGAUGUUCUCCUCACCGCGGCGUUUGUGUCUUACGUGGGAUCCUUCACAAAGCAGUAUCGCCAGGAACUGGUGGACUGCAAGUGGGUUCCCUUUCUUCAACAGAAGGUUUCCAUUCCUAUAACCAAAGGCCUGGACUUGGUUUCCAUGUUGACGGAUGACGCUAUGGUUGCUGCCUGGAACAAUGAAGGGCUGCCCAGUGACAGAAUGUCCACCGAAAACGCCACCAUCCUAACGCACUGUGAGCGCUGGCCCUUGGUGAUAGAUCCCCAGCAACAGGGAAUUAAGUGGAUCAAGAACAAGUAUGGACCUGACCUGAAAGUCACACAUUUGGGCCAGAAAGGGUUUUUAAAUACCCUUGAAACUGCUUUGGCCUCUGGUGAUGUCAUCUUAAUUGAAAACCUUGAGGAAACCAUCGAUCCAGUUCUUGAUCCGCUGCUUGGCAGAAACAUGAUUAAAAAAGGAAAGUACAUCAGAAUUGGACAUAAAGAAUGUGAAUUUAACAAGAACUUCCGCCUUAUCCUUCACACAAAACUGGCAAAUCCUUACUAUAAACCAGAAUUACAAGCCCAGACAACCCUCCUCAAUUUCACAGUAACAGAAGAUGGUCUCGAAGCCCAGCUUCUAGCAGAAGUUGUCAGUAUCGAAAGGCCAGAUUUGGAGAAGCUUAAGUUGUUUUUGACAAAGCACCAAAAUGAUUUUAAGAUCGAGCUGAAAUAUCUGGAGGAUGACCUCCUUCUGCGUCUUUCUGCAGCAGAAGGAAGCUUUCUGGAUGAUACCAAACUGGUAGAGAGAUUGGAGGAGACAAAGGCCACUGCAGCCGAGAUAGAGCGCAAGGUGAUUGAAGCCAAAGAAAAUGAAAGAAAAAUCAACGAGGCCCGAGAAUGUUACAGACCAGUGGCAGCAAGAGCGUCUCUUCUUUAUUUUGUUAUUAAUGACCUCAGAAAGAUCAAUCCCAUCUAUCAGUUCUCUUUGAAGGCUUUUAACAAGCUGUUCCACAGAGCGAUUGAGCAGGCUGACAAGGUGGAAGAUGUGCAGGGCCGCAUCUCUGUCCUGAUGGAGAGCAUCACCCACGCCAUCUUCCUCUACACCAGCCAGGCGCUGUUUGAGAAGGACAAACUCACCUUCCUGUCUCAGAUGGCUUUUCAGAUUUUGCUGAGAAAGAAAGAGAUAGACCCCCUUGAAUUGGAUUUCCUACUUCGAUUCACAAUUGAACACACUUAUCCAAGUCCCGUUGACUUCCUAACUACUCAGUCAUGGAGUGCUAUUAAGGCAGUUGCCCUUAUGGAAGAAUUUCGUGGCAUAGACCGAGAUGUGGAAGGAUCUGCCAAGCAAUGGAGGAAGUGGGUAGAAUCCGAGUGUCCAGAGAAAGAAAAGUUACCGCAAGAAUGGAAGAAGAAAAGUUUAAUACAGAAGCUGAUUAUUUUGAGAGCAAUGCGCCCUGACAGAAUGACAUAUGCUCUCAGAAAUUUCGUGGAGGAAAAACUGGGUGCAAAAUAUGUGGAGAGGACCAGAUUGAAUUUAGUUAAAGCCUUUGAAGAAAGCAGCCCAGCCACCCCUGUGUUCUUCAUCCUGUCCCCAGGGGUAGAUGCUCUUAAAGACUUAGAGAUCCUUGGAAAAAGACUUGGGUUUACAAUUGAUUCUGGAAAAUUCCACAAUGUGUCUUUAGGACAAGGUCAAGAGGUAGUGGCAGAAAUGGCACUGGACAAAGCUUCCAAAGAAGGCCACUGGGUCAUACUCCAGAAUGUCCAUUUGGUAGCCAAGUGGUUAGGAACCUUGGAGAAACUCCUUGAAAGGUUCAGCCAAGGAAGCCACAGAGACUAUAGGGUUUUCAUGAGUGCUGAUUCUGCACCCACACCAAAUGAGCAUAUCAUCCCUCAAGGACUUCUGGAAAGUUCCAUUAAGAUCACCAAUGAGCCCCCCACAGGAAUGCUGGCCAACUUGCAUGCUGCCCUCUAUAACUUUGAUCAGGACACACUUGAAAUGUGCUCUAAGGAUCAAGAGUUUAAAAGCAUGCUCUUUUCUCUGUGCUAUUUCCAUGCCUGUGUUGCUGGGAGACUGAGGUUUGGCCCACAAGGCUGGAGCCGAAGCUAUCCUUUCAAUCUCGGAGACCUCACCAUUUGUGCCAACAUCCUCUACAACUACUUAGAAGCAAACCUUAAGGUCCCUUGGGAAGACCUCCGUUAUCUCUUUGGUGAGAUUAUGUAUGGAGGCCACAUCACAGAUGACUGGGAUCGCAGGCUGUGUCGGGUGUAUUUAGAAGAAUUCAUGAAUCCCUCUCUGAUUGAAGAUGAACUUAUGCUGGCACCAGGAUUUGCAGCUCCACCUUACCUAGACUAUUCAGGCUACCAUCAAUAUAUAGAGGAGAUGCUCCCUCCAGAAAGCCCCGCACUCUACGGCCUCCACCCAAAUGCUGAAAUAGAAUUCCUGACAGUGACAUCCAACACCCUCUUCAGAACUUUGCUGGAGACGCAGCCCAGGAGUGCAACAAGUGGUGAUGACCUGGGGCAGUCCACAGAGGAAAAGGUUAAGAAUGUCUUGGAUGACAUUUUGGAGAAACUUCCAGAAGAGUUCAACAUGGCAGAAAUAAUGCAAAAAAGCUCAAAUAGAAACCCCUACGUUCUUGUUUGCUUCCAAGAAUGUGAAAGGAUGAAUAUUCUCAUUCAGGAAAUCCGUGUAUCACUUCAACAACUAGACCUGGGCUUGAGGGGGGAGCUGACAUUAUCUCCUGACAUGGAAGCCCAGCAGUCCGCGCUGAGUUAUGACACAGUGCCACACACUUGGAGCAAACUGGCUUAUCCUUCUACUUAUGGCCUAGCCCAGUGGUUUAAUGACCUCCUCCUGCGAUGCCGGGAACUUGACACUUGGACGCAAGACCUUGUCCUCCCAGCUGUAGUAUGGCUUUCUGGUUUCUUCAAUCCUCAGGCCUUCUUAACUGCAAUCAUGCAGACCAUGGCUCGAAAAAAUGAGUGGCCACUGGAUAAAAUGUGCUUGACUGUUGAUGUCACCAAAAAAACGAAGGAAGACUAUGGCCAUCCCCCCAGAGAAGGUGCCUACCUCCACGGGCUCCUCAUGGAAGGUGCCAGGUGGGACACCCAGUCUGGAACUAUUGUUGAAGCCCGCCUCAAGGAGCUCACAUGCACCAUGCCAGUUGUUUUUGCAAAAGCCACCCCCGUGGACAGACAAGAAACCAAACAUACCUAUGAGUGCCCUGUGUACAGAACCAAACUGAGAGGGCCCAGCUACAUCUGGACCUUCAGGCUGAAGAGCAAGGAAAAGACUGCAAAGUGGGUUCUGGCGGGCGUGGCUCUGCUGUUGGAAGCGUGAGGUGGCAUUUCUGCACCAUUCCCGUGCAUGUGAAGUUAUUCUACUGAAUUU